AUCUUCAUUCUUUAUCAUCCUCCACUGUACCCACAGCUUCAUGGUUAUCACCAUGGAGUCUCUCUCCAUCAUCUCUUCUUCCUCUCCACCCAUCAAAAACCACCCCAAAACCUUCAAAUAUCCCAUCUUUUCACUCAAUUCUCAUCAAAAUCCUUUACCCAUUUCCAAAUUCCUCCCCUUCAAAUCCCAUCACUUAACCAAAACUUCACUCUCAUUCUCCACACUUCACCUCCUCACUUCUCUUCCCUCACUGGCCUCUGAAACUCUCACCUCUCAGUCUGAGCAAGUCUCAGACAAGAUAAGCUUAGAAUCCAUCUUGGUUUCAAUUGAUAACUUCUUUACUAGCUACCCUUUUUUUGUUUAUGGGUGUGCUUUUAUUUGGUUGGUUGCCAUCCCUGUUGCUCAACAGUUGUUGAGCAAGUACAGGAAAAUAUCAGCCAUUAAUGCUUUUAGGAAGCUUAAGGAGGACCAAAAGGCUCAGCUUUUGGAUAUUAGGGAUAAGAGAAGCUUGAAGGCUAUGGGGUCUCCUAAUUUGAGGAUUGUUAAAAAGAAUGUGGUUCAGGUUGAAUUCUCUGAGGAGGAUGAAGAGGGGUUUGUGAAGAAGGUUUUGGAGAAAUUUUCGAACCCGGAAAAUACUGUGGUGUGCAUUCUUGACAAUUUUGAUGGUAAUUCAAUGAAAGUGGCAGAACUGUUAUUCAAAAAUGGUUUCGAAGAGGCUCUUGCAAUAAGGGGUGGAGUCAGAGGCAAGAAAGGGUGGUUGGAGAUACAAGAAACCCUUUUGCCACCUUCCGUCCAUAUGAAACUCAAGAAGAAAGCUAAAGUCUCAAAAACUGAAAUUAAUGGAGUUGGUCAGCAGACAGAAGAAAAGAAUGUCAGUCCAUCUUCUGCAGCUCUCUCAACAGCAGAAAACCAGAGAGUGGACAAUGGACAUAUAAAGUCGUCGAUAGAUUCCACACCUCAUAUGAAAAUUGAUUCCCGAUCUCCCUAUCCUCAUUACCCAGAUUUGAAACCUCCUUCUUCUCCGACUCCAUCGAAGCCAUGAAGUUGCUGCUCGGAAAUCUCUCUUUUUAGGGGUGACAGCUAGUAUAUGUAUGUUGUAAUUGAUUUCUUUCUCAGUUUUUAAAGUCCAUUGUGAUCAAUUUGAGGAUGUAGAAAUUGAGUUCCGUUCCGUUUUGAGUGUGGGAAGUAUCUGUAAUUUAGUGCAUGAUCCAUAUGCUGUGUACAUUCUGGUCAUCUUAUUCAAAAAUGAUUGUGCAGCUUAA